AUGCGCAGGAGACGAGCCAUCAUUCGAGCCAUCUGCGACAGCCCCCGUGUCCCGCGGCGCUUUCAGCCCGCAGCGGAGCGCCGUUUCUGGGUGAGACCGGGGAGAACGAGCGCCUGGUGGGAUAACUUCACGAACGGGGUCGUGGCUCCAGAGGAAUGGCGAGAAAACUUCGGGAUGUCCAGGUCGGCCCUGAUGCACCUGAGCGAGAGACUGCGGCCCCAUGUGGAGGGAGCCGCGACUAAAAUGCGGGCGCCCGUGGAUGUUCUCACCAAGGUGGCGUGCACGUUGUUUUAUCUGAACGACGAGGGGAGGCUCCGGAAAACCGCGAAUGCGUUCGGGCUGUCCCGGCAGGUCGUGUCGGUCAUCAUCCGACGCGUCUGCAAGGCCAUCACCGUCUUCCUGGGCCCGGACUACGUCAAGAAACCGAGCACGGAGCCUGAGGUGGAGGAUCUUGUCGUCAACUUCCAGCAAACACACGGUCUCCCACAGUGCUUGGGAGCCGUCGCCUGCACCCACAUCGAAGUGAAACAACCCACAGCGAACUCCACAGACUACAUCAACACCAAGGGGGCAUACUCUUUGAAUGUCCAAGCCUUGUGCGACCACAAGUACUGCUUCAUGGAUGUGGUUGUGAAAUGGCCUGGUGGUGUGCACGAAGCGCGUAUGUUCACCAACUCCAAACUGUGCAGUGACCUGAAGGAUGGGACGAUCCCCUCCUGUCCUAAAGUGUUGGUGGAGGGCGAAGAGGCCGUCCCCGUGUUCCUUGUGGGUGAUCCAGCUUAUCCACUGAUGCCCUUCCUCAUGAAGGAAUACCCGGAUGGCGGAGUGACCCCACAGGAGCAGUCGUACGGGCUCACACUGUGCAAGGCAAACAUGGUGAUCCAGUGUUCGUUUGCACGCUUGAAAGCACGGUUUGCCGCCUUGAGGAGGGCCAUGGACAUAAACAUGAACGAUCUGCCUUUUGUCAUCUACGCUUGUUUCGUGCUGCACAACUACUGUGAACUGCAGGGGCAGCCUGUGGAUGACGAAAGCAUGAAUGCUGCUCUCCAAGUUCAGCUUAACAGACUCAACAAGCUCUUCGGAACAGCUGGUUCUGUCCUGGGAGUGGAACUUCAGUCUUUGUUGGAGGUGACAGAGAGGAGGAUGCUGAGGAAACUACUCAGUAUUAUAGACUGCCUCUCCACCCAUGCAUGCCACACUGAUGUCACACUGCAGCACCCUCAGUGGUGGACUGAGACCAAUGGCAGCACCACAGAACAUCACAAGAAGUCUGUUCUUCCUGUGGCCAUCAGACUGUACGACUCCUCCCCCUUCUGCAGGGAGGACCACUGA